AUGGUAGUACAGGCUGUACAAUUAUGUGUGUACCCUCAGUUUAUUGGAGUGCGAAUCUGCCUUGGUAUUUCUGAGGCAGAGUUGUUCCCUGUCAGUGCGCUGGUGGACAUGAUGGUGGUGGACAAACUAGGAGGAAGGAAGAUUGCAAUCAUGAAUAUGGCUCUCUAUUUGACCAACACUUUUAACUCACUCAUCAAUCCUAUGGCACUAAACACCAUAGGAUGGAAAUAUUACCUCUUUUACUGUGGCAGGCUUAUCUUGGAACUCCUAUUCAUGAUGGUGUAUAUUAUUGAGAUGAGAGUUCACACUCUUGAAGAAACUACUGCUUUAUUUGACAGGCUUAAAGUCCAUUGGGGUAUCUUGGAGUGGACCAGUGAAGUUGCUAUGAAUUUGGCUACAUACCCCAGACCUGAGGACAGUGCCGGAACAGUGCAGAGUUGCAGUUCUGCUUCACCAUCACAUUUUGGAUCUCCAUCUGAUGAAUCUGCUGUUGCAUUUGCCAGAUAA